AUGACCCAGAUCCGCUGGGCGAGCAGUGAGUCCCAGAUCGAGGAGUGUCUGAUGAAGGGCCGAGAGAAGCCGGAGUGCGCCAACUACAUCAAGGUGCUGCAGCAGUACAACAGCACCCACCUGUUGGCCUGCGGGACUGGAGCUUUCAACCCCACCUGUGGUCUGCUGGCGGUGGGAACCAAGGCAACCGACAGGCUGUUCUCCCUGGCGGAGGAGAGUGUUGAGAGCGGCCGGGGUCGCUGCCCCUACGACCCCAACAGCCUGUGCACCUCCACCCUUUACAGAGGGGAGCUGUACAUCGGCGUGUACACCGACUACUGGGAGAACGACGGGGCGCUGUGCCGACUCAACAGCCAGACGUACACGCGCACCGAGCGGGAUGACAGACAGCAGCUGAACCAGCCUAAGUUCAUCAAGUCGGUGGUGAUCCCCGAUAAUGACGACCCAGAGGACGACAAGGUGUACUUCUUCUUCACCGAGCGGGAGCAGAACCCGGAGGGAGAGACCAAGGCCGUGUACACCCGGGUCGGACGCGUCUGUGCUAACGACCAGGGAGGCCGGAGGAUGUUGGUCAACAGAUGGAGCUCCUUCCUGAAGACGCGCCUCAUCUGCUCGGUGGCCGGGGCCAACGGCAUCGACACACACUUUGACGAGCUCGAGGACAUCUUUGUGCUCCAGAACAAGGACCAGAAGAAUCCAGAGAUCUUUGGACUUUUCAGCACCACGAGCGCCGUCUUCAAGGGCUACGCCGUGUGCGUCUACCAGAUGGACGACGUCAGGGCGUCCUUCAACGGGCCCUUCGCCCAGCGGGAGAGGCCUGGCCACCACUGGACCCCCUACGAGGACCGCGUGCCCUACCCCCGCCCCGGCUCCUGUGCCAGUAAGAUGAACGGCGGGGGCUUCUCCAGCUCCAAGGAGUUCCCUGACGAGGUUCUGCGCUUCGUGCGCGCCCACCCGGUCAUGUACCGGCCCGUGCAGCCGCUGCACCGCCGGCCCGUCCUGCUGCAGACCCAGGGGGGGGGGCGCAGGCUGACCCAGCUGGCGGUGGACCGCGUCCAGGCCCAGGACGGCCACUACCACGUCCUGUACAUCGGCACCGACGACUCUGUGGUGUUGAAAGUGAUCACCAUCUACAACAAAGACACGGACACGGUGGAGGAGGUCCUGCUGGAGGAGCUCCAGGUGUUCCAGGUGCCCACAACAAUAACAGAAAUAAUCAUAUCAUCCAAAAAGCAGCAGCUGUACGUGGGCUCGGAGGUGGGUGUGGCCCAGGUGAGGCUGCACCAGUGUGAGCUCUACGGCUCCCAGUGCGCCGACUGCUGCCUGGCCAGGGACCCCUACUGUGCCUGGGAUGGGCUCACCUGCUCCAGGUACUACCCUGCUGGAGUCUACCCCAAAAGCCGCCGGUUCAGGCGCCAGGAUGUUCGCCAUGGCAACGCCGUCCAGCUGUGUAAUGGGCUGCAGAUCGACGACCAGCAGCUGGGCGUGGCAGAGGAGAGGACGGUCUACGGGGUGGAGACCAACAGCACCCUCCUGGAGUGCACCCCUCGCUCCCUUCAGGCCAGGGUGCUCUGGUUCAGACAGCAGGGAGAGCUGCAGCAUGAGCUCCAGGCCAGCGAGCGCGUUGUGCCGACCGCGCACGGGCUGCUCCUCCUGCACGUGCGCGGCUCCGACGCCGGCGUGUACGUGUGCCAGACGGCCGAGCACGGCUACGUGCACGCCCUGCUGCGCGUGGCGCUGGUGGUGCUGAAGGGGGAGCGCGCGGCGGCGGCGGCGGCGGUGGCGGCGGGCGACAGAGAGAAGGAGCUGUCGUGUCCCUCCUCCUCCUCCUCCUCCUCCUCCUCCUCCUCCUCCUCCUCCUCCUCCUUCGGGGGUCCCCAGACGGGGGGGCAGCCCGGCCCCCACUCCCGGGUGUGGUACAAGGAGUUCCUGCAGCUGAUUGGCUACGGGGACGCCCAGCGGGUGGAGGAGUACUGCGAGCGGGUGUGGUGCUCGGACAAGAAGCGCAAGAAGCCCAAGAGGAGGUACGCCCCCCCCGGGGGGGGGGGGGAGAAGAAGGGGAAGGCCCGAUCAGGGGAGGGCUCCCACCGCGCCCCCAGACACACACUGGAUACAUGAGGGUGUGUGUGUGGCCACGCAUGCACACACACACACACACGCACGCACACAUGUGGAAACACACGCGGUCAAACACGGCCACACA